AUGGAUAAAUAUCUGAGAUCCCUGAGAUAUGAUUUGAAAGUGGUGGAGGUUGAGGGAAUUGACCAAUCUGCAACAGCAGAAGAGGCCAAUACAAAAUGUGAAUUGCACAACAUAAGGCCAGUGUUUUCUUAUUUUUGUAACUGUCCUAACGCUGGUUUGUUUCUCUUCUCUUUUCUCCUAGUGGAGUUUUUAUACUGUGAUUUGGCUUCCAUGAAGUCUAUUCGGCAAUUUGUGCAGCAGUUUAGAGCAAAGAAUUGUCCACUCCAUGUGCUGGUGAAUAAUGCUGGGGUGAUGCUGGUCCCUGAAAGGCAGACAGAGGAUGGGUUUGAGGAGCACUUCGGCUUGAACUACUUGGGACACUUCCUGCUGACUAACCUCCUCUUGGAUACGCUGAAGCAAUCAGGAACGCACAGUCACAGCGCUAGAAUCGUCACUGUCUCAUCAGCCACCCAUUAUGUAGGCAAAUUGCACUUGGACGACUUACAAAGCAGAUGUUCGUAUUCACCCCAUGGAGCCUAUGCCCAAAGCAAACUUGCCCUUGUGUUAUUUACCUAUCGACUACAGCAUCUUCUGACUGCAAAUGGAAGCCAUGUGACUGCUAAUGUAGUAGACCCUGGAGUAGUGAAUACUGAGCUCUACAAGCAUGUCUUUUGGGUUGUAAAAGUGGUCAAAUGGAUGACUGCCUGGCUAUUUUUCAAGGUACGCAUUUAUUUAUUUUUUCCCAUCAUUUUGUUGCCGUAUCUCUACAUUGUGAAUGCUGCAGUCAGCACGGAGCUGAAUAUGUUUCACAGUGUGUUAUGAUGUUAUAUUUAUUGC